AAAUUAAUUCGAGCAAACUUCUGCCUAGUAGAUCAGACAAAUUUCGUCUUUAACGAAUGAAGAGCCGCUUUAAAAAAAAACGUCGUUCAAAGCAAUUCUGAUAUUUUGUUUCUUGGAGAGAGAGAAAAAAGAAGCGAUCUCCGGAUAUUUCCUAUCUGUUUUGGAGCUCAAUACCACUGCAUGCAGCAGAGACGGUGCCAUUGAGGGGGAAACCGUUUCAAGGAAAGCAUCCCAACAACACAGGCAAAUGGAGCAAACCUAUGGGGAGGUGAACCAGUUAGGAGGGGUUUUUGUGAACGGUCGACCCUUGCCCAACGCCAUCCGACUAAGAAUAGUGGAGUUAGCUCAGCUCGGGAUCCGUCCGUGCGACAUCAGCCGUCAACUCCGAGUUUCUCAUGGUUGUGUGAGCAAGAUUCUGGCGAGGUACAACGAAACCGGCUCCAUAUUGCCCGGUGCGAUCGGAGGCAGCAAACCGCGGGUUACGACACCAAACGUGGUGAAGAGCAUACGGGAAUACAAGCAAGGAGACCCGGGAAUUUUUGCCUGGGAGAUUCGGGACCGUCUUCUAGCAGAUGGAGUAUGUGACAAAUACAACGUGCCCUCCGUCAGCUCCAUCAGCCGGAUUUUACGAAACAAGAUUGGCAACCUCUCCCAGCCCAACCAUUACGAAACUGGCAAACAAGCUGCGUCGCAGCCGAGUCUUUCUUACAAUCAUUUAUAUCCAUACACAUACCCCAACGCGAUGUCCCCUUCCGGGACCAAAAUGAGUAAUUCUGCUGGGGUCCCAGUCACUGGGGGACACGUUAGCAUUCCGAGAGGGUGGCCUUCAGCUCACACUGUCAGCAACAUACUGGGCAUACGAGCUUUCAUGGACCCCACAGCUAUUGCUGGGGCUGAAGGCUACACGCCGAAAAUGGAGGAUUGGGGUAGUGUGAACCGAUCAGCUUUUCCUUCUUCACAUGGAGUCAACGGAAUAGAUAAAUCUCCCAUUGAGACGGACAUAAAGUACCCUCAGUCUUCAUCGACUCUGUCUAGUUACGUUGCGCCAUGUGCGUAUUCUCCCUCGAAUCAGUACGGCGUGUACAGUGGUGCAGCAGGAAGCUAUGUGAGCCCCGGGCACCACUGGCAGACUCAGGGCUCGAGCGCUAUGGCCAUCCAUUCAGGGGAAAUCCACUCUGCCAUGUCCUUCAAACACACAGCUCGAGACGGAGACAGAAAACCCCCGAGUCCCCUAAGUAAGCAACAGCACGAGGUGUUGAGCAGCAUACAUGGACUCAGCCUUCCUACGUCAUCAUCAUAGCCCUGGAUAUUUAUUGUGGCGCGUGCAGGGCACAUUUUAGCAAUACAUUUUGCCCAUUUUCACGAACAGUAAGUUCAAACGCUACCUUCCCCACGACGCGAAGAGCAACGUGCCAUACAUUCCUACUUUCUGAAACAAAAUGAAUGUAAUGUUUCAAUUUGUUUGCAAUUGUGCUUUGUGCUGCGUUGAAUGUUAGUUGGGUGUUUUGUUUUUUUGCCCCUCGAAAUCCUUGUACGUUUGCGCUAUUUAUAUUCAUACAAUAUCUUAAAAAAAAAAACGACUGCAUUGCAAGAGCUCUUGCCAUUGUCCAGAAUAUCUUGACAAUUGUGUAACGUUAUUUGUUACAUGCCAUGCCGUCUUUCACUUGGGAAAUAAAUGACUUUAAUCACAGUGAAAUAUGUGAAUGGAGCAAUAGUUAAUGUAAAUAGAAUAAAUUCUUUAGUUGUAUAUUUUUAUAAAUUCUUGUGUAAAUAAGCUGAAUAAAGGCAUUGUAUAAGUACAUUGCUGUACA